GUUUUAGAGUUAUACUCACUUAUUGAAAAUGAACGAAUGUAUCUGAUGAAAACCAGCCGAUGCUUGGUGCACGUGAGAACCACAACUGGGCUAAUCAGUUCCAUGAUCGCGUUUCCUGUAUGCGCCCUAUUUUUCGUCGUCUCGGAUAUAUCCUGAGUCGCUAUUCGGCUGUUACAAAUCGAAUAAAGUACUCAGUGGCCGAUGGAGUCGCCUACCUUCUCUCGAUGCCAUUCCAGUUUCUCCUGGGUUUUAUUUCAUACUACAGGUGCGAUUAGCUCCACACGUCAUCCGCGGUAUACGUCCUACAUGCCAUCAUUACGCAUAUGUUGCUGAUCUCUAUGUGUAGCUAUCGUCACUUGUAUCAUUUUGUGUGAACGAAUUACUGCUACUACUAUUACUAUUAUUAAUGUGAAUGAAUUACUGCUUUUUGUCAUCUACAAAAUGUAAUCAACAAGUAUAACUGUUUUUGUUAACGG